AUGGCAUCAACCCAGCUGCCCCUCGUCAUCAACGGGGAGGACGUCCUCACCAGCGCGACCUUUGACGUCGUCAGCCCCGCCACCGGCGAGCUGCUGCACACGUCCUCGAGCGCCGGCGUGGCCGAGGCCGUGGCCGCCGUCGAGGCCGCCGGCGCCGCGUUCCCGGCCUGGCGGCGCACGCACGUCGACGAGCGCCGCGCCAUCCUGCUGCGCGCCAGCGAGGUCAUGCGCACGAGCGGCGACGCCCUCAAGACGGCCAUGCGCAACGAGACGGGCAGCGACGCCGCCUGGGCCGACAUGAACCUGCACAUUGCCACCGAGGGCAUUGUCCACGCCGCGUCGCACCUCGUCAACAUUGAGGGUCGCAUGCCCACCGUCGCGGACCCGGGCCGCGAGGCGCUGAUUGUCCGGGAGCCCUACGGCGUCGUCUUUUCCAUUGUUCCGUGGAACGCACCGCUCCCUCUCGGCAUCCGCGCCAUCGUGUGGGCCAUUGCCGCCGGCAACACCGUCGUGCUCAAGGGCUCUGAGCUGAGCCCGCAGACGCUGCGACUGGUGUGCGGCGUGCUGUGGGAGGCGGGGCUGCCGCCGGGCGUGCUCAACUUCAUCACUUGCGCGCCGGCGCAGGCGGCCGCCGUGACCGAGGCCGUCAUUGCGCACCGCCACGUGCGCAAGGUCAACUUCACCGGGAGCACGGGCGUCGGGCGCAUCGUGGCGCGCCUGGCCGCCGCGCACCUCAAGCCCGUGCUGCUCGAGCUCGGCGGCAAGGCGCCGGCCAUUGUGCUCGCCGACGCCGACCUGCCGCUCGCCGCGCGCCACUGCGCGCUCGGCGCCUUCCUGCACGCCGGCCAGAUCUGCAUGAGCACGGAGCGCAUCCUCGUGCACGAGAGCGUGCGCGACGCGUUUGCGCAGCACCUCGUCGCGGCCGCGGAGGCGCUGUACGGCGACGGCCGCAAGGUGGGAGCGGAGGCGCCCGUGCUCGUGACGGCCGCCGCCGUCGUCAGGAACAGGGCGCUCGUGGCCGACGCCGUCGCCAAGGGCGCGGCCGUGCUGUACGGCGAUGCGGCCGCCGCGGUCGAGGACGGCGCGGCGGCGGCGGCGGCGACGCGCAUGCGCCCCGUCGUCGUCGCCGACGUGCGUCCAGACAUGGACGUGUACAGGACCGAGUCGUUUGGGCCGACCGUGUCGCUCAUCAGCUUCGCGGCCGAGGCCGAGGCCGUCGCCGUCGCAAACGACACCGAGUACGGCCUCGUGGCCGCCGUCUUCAGCAGGGACCUGCGUCGCGCGCUGGCCGUCGCCCGUCAGCUCGAGACGGGCGCCGUGCAUAUCAACUCCAUGACGCCCCAUGAUGAGCCUACCCUGCCGCACGGCGGCACCAAGGAUAGCGGCUACGGACGAUUCGGCGGCGGCUUUGACGAGUGGACAUGGACCAAGACGAUUACGUUUGACUCGCACGUGUAA